UAAAUUUUGUUUAUUUUCUUGACACGCACUGUCACGAAUGUCAACAAGCGCAUGACACAUUCUUAUUAUUUUAGCACCUGACGUUCAUUUUUUAAGUGAGCUCAUAAUCACUGCGUACUUCAAAGAAAGAUGGCGAAGAUUGCGUUUAUUCUCUUAAUUUUUAGUUGCAUUUUCUUGUUUGAAAUUUCUGGAGCUAUGAUGACUGGAGCCUACAGCAGGAAGCAAGUAAAUUCUACUGAUGUAAAGCAAUAUGCAGAUUUUGCUGUUGCAGAGCUGUCGAAGAAAAUGAAUUCACCUUAUCACUGGAAAACCCAAGAAAUAUUGGGAGUUCAAACACAGGUUGUUUCUGGUGUAAACUACAAGAUAAAUGUGACAAUGGGAGCAACAGAAUGCAAGAAAAAUCAAUCAAAAGCUAAUCUCGAACAGUGUGAAUUUCUUGAGAGUAUGGAGCCUAAAACUUGUGAAUUCACUGUUUGGGUGCAAGCCUGGAAGGAAGGCAAUGAGAGAACUAAGCUCACUCACUCUUCCUGUCAAUAACACUUUGUUUUUUUUUUUUUUUUGUCUCACAAUGUGAUUUGAAGUUAAUUUUUUAGUGUGAAAAAUACAUUUU